GGAAGUGUCUUUCUAGCCACCUCGGGCUCAGUGGGCGAAAGAAGUCUCUUUCCGACCAUGUCGGAGUUAGCUUUAGAGGAGCUUUCUGCGAUUGCCGCUAUUUACUGUGAGAAGGAUGAGUGCGAAGUGCUGGAAGUAUCAGAGACAGGAGGAAUCUCAUUUAGGAUUCAGACUACUGUGAAAGGACCCUUGGGCAGAGAUGUAUUGUUAAAACUGCUAUUUCAUUUACCAAUCAAUUAUCCAUCAAGUCUGCCAAAUAUUUCUGUUAACUCUGAGCAACUUACAAGGAUGCAGUGUAUGACUGUGAAAGAGAGAUUACUGGAGGAAGCGAAGAAACAUUUCUCACAACCCAUGGUACAUGAGCUGAUUCUCUGGAUACAGCAGAAUCUUCAGCAGAUUGUCGAGCAAGCCGAAACUCCAGCCUGCUGUGGGAAAAGUACUCUAUCAACAGAUACUACUCUGGAUGAUGGUGUAUGGACAGUCCUUUUGCAUUUAGAUCAUAUGAGAGCCAAGGGAAGAUAUGUCAAAAGCGUGGAAAAAUGGUGUGCAGAUCUAAGGCUCACUGGAAGACUGAUGUUCAUGGGCAAGAUGAUUCUGAUUCUUCUUCAAGGAGACAGAAGCAGCAUUAAGGAAUAUCUGAUUCUUCAGAAAACUAGCAAGGUGGACGUGGACUCAAGCGGAAAGAAGUGUAAAGAGAAAAUGAUUAGUGUACUCUCUGAAACAAAAGCACAGUCGGAACACCAAAGGUUUCAGGCAUUUGAAGUCAAAGAGUAUUUAACAGCAGAUGAGCUACAAAAUGAAUUCAAGGCUGCGGGACUCUCAGAACUGUUCACAGAGUUUGUGCUGGCUCGGUUAAAGUAAUGUUGAAGCAAAAGUGUAUGUCUCUGACUAAAACUGUCAUUGAAUGUAUUGAAUAGAUCCUGAGAGAAGAUAAAAUGAACAGUUUGAUGGGUGAAGAGUUCUAAAGCUUCUCUGUAGGAAAAUGUCAGAAAAAGCCAUCUCCUUUGCAAGAAACAAAAGGCAGUUCUCACAUUGAGAAGAGAUGAUAUUUUUGACUGUGUGCAAUGACAACUUCUGUGAGGAACUGCUGAGUUUUAACAGCUGAUAUUUAAGAGCUGUAGGUCAGAUGUGAAGGAUGUUGGAGAAAUCACAAUUUUUUCUAGGACUUGGAUGGAACUGUUAUCUCUAAUUGUCCUGUAAUUAAAUUAUAUUUCACAGA